CGUAAAAUCAAAAAUAAACCCAUUUUGAAUGUUGACCCACGUGCAGCGGAAAUGAAGCGACUCAAACAGCAGGUUCAAGAUCCUCAAGUGAUGCUGCUACACGCUCGUGGAGGAGUUGCUCCUGUAUUGACUGGGUGCGAGCCGGCAGAUAACGUCUCAAAGAUCCUGGAGCUGAACCGCAAUCUGCAAGAUGAAAACAGCAAGCUGAGCCGAGAGCUGAGUGAGGCCGUAGGGCAGAUGGCGCUCAUGUUCGAAAGAAUUAUCAUGACGGAGCAGGCGAAUGAUAAAUUGCAAUGCAAACUGGAGGAGUUAAGGCAGCAUGCAGCGUGUAAGGUUGACCUACAGAAGGUUGUGGAGACUCUGGAGGACCAGGAAUCGAAGGAGAACGUGGAGGUGGUCAGGAAUCUUCAACAACUCAUCCUGGAUCUGCAGUGAAAGUGCUGGGAUUGCGGCCACCAUUGAUGCCAUAACCUCGGGCAAUGCCUCGACUCUUGAUCCACUGACUGACGCCGCCAUCACAGCUGCCACUUAGUUAAAGGGCACCUAUUAAGCAAAAUCCACUUUUAC